AUAGGUGGUCCUGCAGCCUCUCCUCUCCUCACACUCCAACCCUGCUCAUCUCUCAGCUGGACAGUAAGGGCCGUUCACACCUCACACUGACAACAUGCUGGGGACACUCUGCACUCUCAUCACUGCUGUAACAUGUGUCUGUGGUGUGACUGUGGUGACACAGAAGCCUCCUGUUGUGACGGUGAGGAAAGGAGACACGGCCUCUCUGGACUGUAACCUGGGGACUGUUCAGAAUAGUGCUGCUCGUUGGUAUAAACAGGUUCCAGGAGGAGUCCCUCAGUUUGUUUUAUUUUUCUACCACGCUAAAAGUGCUCCUACCUAUGGCUCUGGUUUCUCCUCUCCUAAAUUCACAUCUAAUCAUCAGUCUAAAUCAGAUUAUCGUUUGAUUAUUAACACUGUGGAGGAGACAGACUCAGCAGUGUAUUACUGUCAGACUUUGGACAGCUCUGUUAGUGAGCACGUAUUCGGACAAGGAACCAAGCUCAUUGUUACUGACUCUACCCUCCCUCCGCCUGUCUUGACCAUCCUCCCUCCGUCCAGCGAUGAGUUGAAGUCCAGCAAAGUCACCCUACCGUGUCUGGCCAGUCAGAUGGCCAUGGGCUACGCAGAUGUCAGCUGGACAGCGGGAGGGAAUCCGGUCACCGGCGGCAUCGCUACGAGUGGCCUGGUGCCGCAAGCCGACAAGACGUUUCAACUCAGCAGCUGUCUGACCGUUGACACGUCAGAAUGGAACCAGGACAAAGUGUUCUCAUGUAAAGUCACCGCGGGAUCCAAGUUCGCUGAGAAAGGCAUCAAGAAGUCUGAAUGCAGCACUGAAUAGCCUGAGAUCCAUUGUAAUGUCCAUUUCAUUUUCUACAUCAAUUUUCAAGUUAUUGUUAAUGAAUGAUAAGUUUAACCUGCAUAUAUGCAUUAUGUUCCAUAAAAGAGAAAUAGCUAAUCACACUGAUAUCAUAGGCUACAUGAUAAGUGGACUUGUUAUAUUUGAAAUGGGUUGUUUUGCAGAUGAUUAAUAAAGGAAUAGUUAAAGCUUUGCUGUAUUGUGGAUAUUCAAUAAAGAACAUUCUAAAGAACAAGUGUUUGUAUUAGAGCAUGUUGAUGAGCAUCAGUGUUAGCAGCUCUAAAUGAGGGGGAAUUUAACUGAUCUCAAAUAGAGCAGCCUGCUCUCUGACUUUAGUCCAGAUCCAGAAAUAGUUGAUCUAGAUAUCCAGGAUGUAGGGCAGGUUUACUAUAAUGUUAAUGAAUAACCAGAGAUGGACCACAAGUUUAGUUUAUAUUACAACUUCACAUUAUUGAGAACCUUCAUUAGUGUGAUAUGAUUGUUUUAUAAGAACCUUCAUUAGUGUGAUAUGAUUGUUUUAUAAGAACCUUCAUUAGUGUGAUAUGAUUGUUUUAUAAGAACAUUCUGAAAGUAUAUAUUUAAUAAUCUAUUUAAAAUAGUUGAUUUGAAAAGGAAACUCGAUUAUUUCCUAGGCAAUAUUUGCUUGUACUUUUCACUGUAUGAAGAAUUUAAACAACAGUACAGCAGCAUGAUCAAUUCAAAAUAUUCAUAGUUUAUAUUCAAUAGUGUUAUAAACCUACGUCUUAAUAUAAUGUACGUUAACAUUUUACUCAUGACUCUUUUCUCUCCGUACAUCUUUGCCAGCAGGGGGAAAGAGAAGAGAUAAAAUAUUAUAAUACGCUUCCACCUUGUGGCUCAAACUGUUGUAUUCCAUUAUAGUUGUAUUUCAUUGUAAUCAUUUCCAGAAUAAAUCCAUCACACAGUUUCAAAUCAA